AAUGUGGCAAACGCUUCACGCAGAAAACGCGACUGAUAACACACCGGCGGAUACACACGGGCGAAAAACCCUUCCGUUGUCAGCUGUGCGGCAAGAUGUUCUCGCGUCAGGACAGCUGUCUCAGACAUGUACGUCUGCACAGAGAUGAGUCAGAUCUCCGCGAUCAUGGACGUGCUGGCGAAAGCGGCGGUGGCGGAGAUCAGUCAACUGCUGCAGGAGGAUUCUGCUGCUCUUCAUCAGGAGAUCCAGAGGAGAAACAAGGAGAUCCAGGGACUGAAGACUCGACUGCUCCUCACGGAGACUAAACUACAGAGAGUCACUGCGAACAGAUGCUCCAUCGGCGUUCAGGUGGAGAUGAUGAUGAUGGACACGAGUGUGAUGGCAGAUUUGGAAGAAUCGCACCAGGAAAAGGCCAUCGCAACUAGUCCAGUGAGGGAGAUCUCAGAGGAGAAGCCGCUUUUUCCACAAACACAGGAGAUAAAUGUGCUCCAUCUGAAACGAGAGGAGUCAACAGCACCCUUCAAACCCUCCCAAGAGACGUCCCGAGCUCAGCAGAGCACCGCAGAGGAUGAAGAGUUCAGUGGCCUGGAGCUUGAGAUGAAGAUCGAACAGGUGGAAGAACUUGUUGAUCAGAAACUGAAUCAAGUUCAAGCCGAGCACAGGAGCGAAGUGCAAACCCACUGUGGAGCAGAUGAUGGAGACUCUCAUGUAUGGUUGUCAGGAGGCGAUCCAGGCAAAGCGUUUGACGAUCCCGAGAGUCUAAUUGAUCCAGAACAACAUUCUCAGUGUUUUACAGACCCGUAUGUCUCACGGGUGUUGAUGGAAGAGCCAAUGAGCUCUCAGUCGACAUCCGGUUUAUUCGGUUCUGGUGUUGUGCUGGAAAACGUGAGCUUUAAUGCAGCUCAAAAUAAAGACAUCGAGUACGGCUUGAAUCUUCUAAACGCUCCACGACAGAAUUCCCAUCAACCUUCGCCCAGCGUAUCGGACUCAACGGCGUUCAGCAGACAUCUGCCUUUGAGUUCCCCCUCAAGUGUGCCUAAAACAUCCACGGAAAGUGUGUUUAUAGACCAUUCGCGACACAUUGCGAGGCCAAAACCGUUCCGAUGUGAGGAAUGUGGCAAACGCUUCACGCAGAAAACGCGACUGAUAACGCACCGGUGGAUACACACGGGCGAAAAACCCUUCCGUUGUCAGCUGUGCGGUAAGAUGUUCUCGCGACAUGACAGCUGUCUCAGACAUGUACGUCUGCACAGAGAUGGUAAACAUGCACACACAACUCUUUUAUCGUGAAUUUCGGUUUCAGUUUCAAGAAACUUUUACACCAAAGUUCCUGGCCAGUUUGAGAAUAGACACUAUGGGUGACCGCAAAAUAUCUACAUGCUCACACAAAGGAUGUCUGUUAUAAAGUUCACGGACUGAGUAAGUCAUGGUACAUACUUUUAUGCACCUCCGAGUGACCAUCCGAGGAAUUGGGAUGCCUUUUUUAUUUAUUUUUGUGUUGGUUCCUCCUAACGGCGGGAGCUUGUUUUGUUGAAUAACACUCCUUCGGGACAGUUACGGAUGAAUCUGUAAUUUCCUUGUGCUUGUGGCUCCUGUUGGCUGGAGCUUGUUUUGUGGAGUAUUUUUACAGGACACUGAAAUGAUGACGUCAUCUGCUGCACUCUUAAACAGCCGGCUCACUGAUCAUUCAUUUGUCUGUCCAAGGAAACAGAACGGCUUUAUAUCGGCUGGAAUUUGUUUUGUGAAGGAUCACACCUUCGAGACAGUUCUGUGAAUUAAUCUACACAUCUUUUGUGUUCAUUCUGACUAUUGGCUGGGGUUUAUUUUACAAAGUAUUUUCUGUUAUGUUAUUUUGCCUUACAAAUUUGUGAUGUUGUGCAUGUUUUUUCUGUUUGCUUUGUUUGGGGUGGAAGUUCGGGGUUUGACUGUUUCACUAAUGGGGAAUGUGGUCUUUAUCAUUUUGUUUCUGACACACAAUUGAUUUUUUCUAAUAUGUCAAAAUGUCAAAUGUUAAUAUGAGUGGGUUAUCUUUCUCCACGUGGAAUGUGAAUGGGUUGGGGCACCCCAUAAAAAGGAUGGUUAUUACUUUUCUUAAGCGUUAGAAAUAUGAUAUAAUGUUUCUUCAAGAAACACCUUUCUCCGCAGGAAGCUGAAAAAUUUGGGAAGAUAUGGGGUGGACAUGUAUUCUUUAGUGCUGGCUCCAGUAAGAGCAGGGGAGUCAUUACAUUGAUAAGUAAACAUUUGCAAUUCAAAUGUCUCAUCAGAUUAAAAAUAAAUUAGGAAGAGUCAUUAUUAUUUUAGCUGAUGAUUAGGGCUUUUUUAUAGAUCUUGAAGGGAUGUUGCAAGCCACUGGCACCCCUCAUGAUAUAAUAUUGGAAGGAGACUUUAAUCUGUUGAUGGACUCAGUCCUUGAUCAUAGUAAAGGAAAAGUGUGUAAGACCCCUAGAGCAACAUUGACACUUCACAGGAUGUGUAAAUAUCUUGGUCUUACAGAUAUUUGGAGACUUUUGAACCCAUCUGGUAGAGACUGUAAAAAAAUUUUCAUCAUUCCAUAAGAUUUAUUCUAGAAUAGUUUUUUAAAAAUAUCCAAAUCCCUAAUUUUAUCUGUUGUUGACAGUUCAAUUUGAAACAUUUCAGUCUCGGAUCACGCCCUGGUGAGUUUCGAGGUGUUGCCACAAACGGAGCAUAUAGUUGGCGCUUUAAUGUAUCCCUUUUGCAAAAUCCUGAUUUUCAACAAAUGUUAAAGACUGAAAUCAAUGUUUAUACGGAGACCAACUGGUCCUCAGUAUCCUCUGUGGGUGUGGCUUGGGAGGCAGCUAAGGCAGUUCUUAGGGGUCGGAUCAUACAGUACGCCUCAUUCAUCAAAAAAUCCAAAGGACGAGAACUCGUGGAGUUGGAAGGAAAUAUUAAAAGAGCAGAGGAAGUGCUGAAGAUCUUGAUCUUUAUAGUUCCACGUCUUCGUCUACUGAUGAAGAUAUUAGGAAAUUUGUGGAACCAUUAGAACUUCCUAUAUUGACGACUGAGCAAAAACAUUAUCUUGAUUCUGAAAUAAACUUGGAGGAGCUGGGCGAGGUAAUUAAGGCCUUGCCUUCAGGCAAGACUCUGGGGCCUGAUGGCUUUGCUGCUUAGUUUUUCCAAUUUUAUGCUGCAGAAUUGGCUCCACUUUUGCUAGAAGUUUAUACGGAAUCAUUAAAGAAUGGAAAGCUUCUGCCAACCAUGACACAAGCCCGGAUCAGUCUGAUUCUUAAACAGGACAAUGAUCCAAGUGAGUGUAAGAGUUACCGUCCAAUUUCCCUGAUCCAGUUAGAUGUAAAAAUAUUGUCAAAAAUGUUGGCUAACUGAUUAUAUAGUUAUGACAUGUCUUAUACAUAUAGAUCAGGUGGGGUUUAUUUAGGCCUGUAGCUGUUCUGAUAACAUUAGGCAUUUCAUCAAUAUCAUGUGGUCAGUGGUGAAUGAUCGGACUCCAGUCGCUGCCAUCUCACUUGAUGCCGAAAAGGCAUUUGAUAUGGUAGAAUGGGAUUAACUUUUUAUGAUUUUGGGAAUGUAUGGGUUUGGGAAUACUUUUAUUGGUUGGAUUAAGCAACUUUAUAGACACCCUGUAGCAGCGGUACAAACAAAUGGAUUAAUUUCAGAUGAUUUUACUCUGGAUAGGGGCACCCAUUAGAGUUGCCCUCUUUCCCCAUUAUUGUUCUGUCUUGCCCUGGAACCAUUAGCAGCCACGAUAAGAAGGGAAGAUGAUUUUCCAAGGGUGAUGGCGGGAGGUGUGGCGCAUAAACCUUUGCUUUACUUAGAUGAUAUUUUAUAAUUCGUCUCCGACCUCAUUGGAUCUAUGCCUUGCCUCCACAGAAUUAUUAAUUCCUUUUCCAAGUUCCAAGUGUACUGCCCAGAACUGCUUUUCAGUUGGGUACCUUCCAGUUACCCAAACAGGACAUUAAGUAUUUGGGAAUUUUAUUCUCAGCAAAUUUGUCUGAUUUAGUUUGAGUUCAUUCUGACCCUUUAAUAAAAGGUUUUUGAGCGAUGUGGGCAGGUGGGCUUCAUUACAUUUAUCUAUGAUUGGAAAUGUUAACGUUAUUAAAAUUAAUUGUAUUCCAAAAUUCAACUACCUGCUACAAUCUCUCCCUGUAGAUGUCCCCCCUCUCUUAUUUCAAGCAAUUUGAUAGCAUAGCGAAGUCUGUCAUUUUGACUGGAAAACGUCCCAGGUUACAUUUCAAUAAGUUACAUGGGCCGAUUGACAAAGGUGGGUUAGGCCUACCCAAGAUUUUGUUUUAUUAAUCUGCGUUCGGUCUCAGAUAUUUGGCUCAUUGGUGUCUUCCACCUGAGAGAGCUCCUCCCUGGUUUUGCAUUGAAAAUGAAGUUCUUGCCCCUAUUUCGCCAUUGCAAAGUAUUUACAGCUGUGCCACCUACUCUGCCCUGAUUUGGGAGUGGCACUUACCACGCUGGUGUGGCUUUUAUGGGAGAUUAUGGGAGGAAGAUCUAAACUUGACAUUUGAGGAGGGGGUGUGGGCUAGUAUCCUAAAAAACGUCAAGUCUGCAUUUAGAGAUGCAAGGGUUCGCCUUAAGCAAUUUAAGAUUUUGCAUUGAUUUUAUUGGACCCCCUUUAGAAUGUAUAUGCUUGGCCUUAAAGACACGCCCACCUGCUGGCGAUGUCAAUCAGAGGAUGGAGACUUAUCCCAUGUCUUUUGGGGGUUCAGAGUCUUAUAUUUGAUGUAUUGGGCACUCGGCAUUCACUUUGCCCCAGAUUCUAUUUUGGGUGAUGGGGUGGUCAUUGACUUUGAGAAUCGACACAUAAAGUGUUGGGUCCUAACGAGCAUCAUGAUCGCCAGACAGGUUAUUUUAAGGUGUUGGAGGUCGGUUGGAGUGCCCUCAUUUCACGAGUGGUGCUCUGUGAUGGGGAGGGUGGUGGCCUUUGAGGAAGGGAUGUAUAGAAGGUUGGGAAAUCUGGGGUGAUUUUUUUUAUAGGAAAUGGGGCAGAUAUUUUGCCUUUUUGGAAGGCUUCGGGGAGGGGUAGUGGAGAGGAAUCUUUAGUUUUAAAUGAGUGUGUGCAAUUUGAUUGUUUUUUUUGAAAGUAUACUUCUUAUUUAUUUAUCUUUUUUUUUUUGUGUGUGUGUGUGUGUGUGUGUGUGUGUGUGUGUGUGUGUGUGUGUGUGUGUCCAAAUAUUUAUAACCACUGGGGUGAGUGUUUGUGUCAGGUGGGGGUGUUUGGGAGGAAGGGUUUAAUUGUAUAUAAUUUGAUGCCACAUUUUCUGUAACGUUUGUUUAAUUUAUUGAAUGGAAUCAAUAAAAAUGGUUAAUAACAAAAAGAGCCAAGCCUUCUUGACCUACAAUUUGUAAUUUGUCUAAAAUUUGUUGUAGAAAGGACAUGCUGACUCAAUGGGUUUUUAUUAGGGCUUGCUGCAGUACCAUAUUUGACCACAGAUUUCCAUUGGAAAAACAGAGGGGCGCUGUGGAGUUCAGGAGGGCUUACAUUUAUGCAUGUGGCAGACACUUUUAUCCAAAGCGACUUACAGUGCACUUAUUACAGGGACAAUCCCCCCGGAGCAACCUGGAGUUAAGUGUCUUACUCAAGGACACAAUGGUGGUGACUGUGGGGAUUGAACCAGCAACCUUCUGAGUACCAAUGUAUUAUACAGUGCACUUAUUACAGGGACAAUCCCCCCGGAGCAACCUGGAGUUAAGUGUCUUACUCAAGGACACAAUGGUGGUGACUGUGGGGGUCGAACCAGCAACCUUCUGAUUACCAAUUAUGUGCUUUAGCCCACUACACCACCACCACUCCGUGUAUAAAACACUGUGUGAUGGAGCUUUCAGCUACUUUAUAUCUUAAAAAUAGGAUAAAAACAUAUACUAGGCCUGCUUUUAAAUACAUAUGUCAGCAUUUUGAACACAUUUACGGGUAAACAAAUUAUAUUGUUGGAUGUAUGUUUGCAAUAUUUAGGUGGGGCUCUGCCCUACUUGCCCAUAUAGACGAGCCAAUCCUGGUUGAUAUAAACAUUAACCAAAAUUAAUAACUGCUGUCUAAGUAUUGUUCAACUGUUUGUUCAUGUAAAACCUGAAGUGUGUAAUUGCUGUGCCACAGUUCAGCUGAACACAAAAGAAGAUUUUAUAAGAAUAUUUCAGCUCUGUAAGGGAAUGGUGACCAAAACAAUGAAGCUCCGAAAAGUACAAAGGCAGCAUAAAAGUAAUCCAUGUGGUUAAAUCAUGUCUUAUGAAACCAGAACAAAAUGAUGUAUACAUUUGUUAUUUUCUUUUUAUAUGCAUAUAAAUAUUUAUUUCGCUUUGGGAGAGUCAAGAAGAAUGGGUGCCAAAUUUGUCACCUUGUAACUUUUUUGUAUUAUUUUCU